UUGACGCUAUGAAGCGCGGGGCCGGAAUCGCAGUAUUUUUAAUUUCGCUCUACUUUACAGGGACUUUAGAGCAGACCAUAUACGAAGCCAACAACUUCUUUAAACCAAUGACCGAGGACUUCGACGUGAAACAUAAGGGUCAGCUGUUCCUACCGCCCUGCAUGAAACAACUUUUGAAUUGCUGGGAACUUGUGGGCGCCGAGCUCGUCUGCAAGUAUACCAUGAUUUACAGGCAGACCCUCGAGAGCAUAUGCAUGGACUUACGAUUACAAUGCAUGGAGUUCACGGGGCCUUUACCGUUGGAAACGGUCAGCGUGUCAAAUUGGAAAUACUGUCCUCUGAAAAGAGAAAUGCUGUAA